AUGGUUUCAGAAAUAGCACAUUCUUGUUCUGAAACUACACCAGCAUCUACUACUACUAAAACUACACCAUCAUCUACUACUACUGAAACUACACCAUCAUAUACUACUACUGAAACUACACAAGCAUCUACUACUACUGAAACUACACCAUCAUCUACUACUACUGAAACUACACCAGCAUCUACUACUACUGAAACUACACUAGCAUCUACUACUACUGAAACUACACCAGCAUCUACUACUACUGAAACUACACCAGCAUCUACGACUACUGAAACUACACCAGCAUCUAAUACUACUGAAACUACACCAGCAUCUACUACUACUGAAACUACAACAUCAUCUACUACUACUGAAACUACACCAGCAUCUACUACUACUGAAACUACACCAGCAUCUACUACUACUGAAACUACACCAGCGUCUCCUACUACUGAAACUACACCAGCAUCUACUACUACUAAAACUACACCAUCAUCUACUACUACUGAAACUACACCAUCAUAUACUACUACUGAAACUACACUAGCAUCUACUACUACUGAAACUACACCAGCAUCUACUACUACUGAAACUACACCAUCAUAUACUACUACUGAAACUACACCAUCAUCUACUACUACUGAAACUACACCAGCAUCUACUACUACUGAAACUACACCAGCAUCUACUACUACUGAAACUACACCAUCAUCUACUACUACUACUGAAACUACACCAGCAUCUACGACUACUGAAACUACACCAGCAUCUAAUACUACUGAAACUACACCAGCAUCUACUACUACUGAAACUACACCAUCAUUUACUACUACUGAAACUACACCAUCAUCUACUACUACUGAAACUACACCAUCAUCUACUACUACUGAAACUACACCAUCAUCUACUACUACUGAAACUACACCAGCAUCUACUACUACUGAAACUACACCAGCGUCUCCUACUACUGAAACUACACCAGCAUCUACUACUACUAAAACUACACCAUCAUCUACUACUACUGAAACUACACCAUCAUAUACUACUACUGAAACUACACUAGCAUCUACUACUACUGAAACUACACCAGCAUCUACUACUACUGAAACUACACCAGCAUCUACUACUACUGAAACUACACCAGCAUCUACUACUACUGAAACUACACCAGCAUCUACUACUACUGAAACUACACCAUCAUCUACUACUACUGAAACUACACCGUCAUCUACUACAACUGAAACUACACCGGCAUCUACUACUAAAGAAACUACACUAGCAUCUACUACUACUGAAACUACACCAGCAUCUACUACUACUGAAACUACACCAGCAUCUACUACUACUGAAACUACAUCAUCAUCUACUACUACUGAAACUACACCGUCAUCUACGACUACUGAAACUACACCAUCAUCUACUACUACUGAUACUACACCGUCAUCUACGACUACUGAAACUACACCGUCAUCUACGACUACUGAAACUACACCAUCAUCUACUACUACUGAUACUACACCGUCAUCUACGACUACUGAAACUACACCAGCAUCUACGACUACUGAAACUACACCAGCAUCUAAUACUACUGAAACUACACCAGCAUCUACUACUACUGAAACUACAACAUCAUCUACUACUACUGAAACUACACCAGCAUCUACUACUACUGAAACUACACCAGGACCUACUACUACUGAAACUACAUCAGCGUCUACUACUACUGAAACUACACCAGCAUCUACUACUACUGAUACUACACCAUCAUCUACUACUACUGAAACUACACCAGCAUCUACUACUACUGAAACUACACCAGCGUCUCCUACUACUGAAACUACACCAACAUCUACGACUACUGAAACUACACCAGCAUCUAAAACUACUGAAACUACACUAGCAUCGACUACUACUGAAACUACACCAGCAUCUACUACUACUGAAACUACACCAUCAUCUACUACUACUGAAACUACACUAGCAUCUACUACUACUGAAACUACACCAGCAUCUACUACUACUGAAACUACACCAUCAUCUACUACUACUGAAACUACACCAGCGUCUCCUACUACUGAAACUACACCAGCAUCUACUACUACGAAAACUACACCAUCAUCUACUACUACUGAAACUACACCAUCAUAUACUACUACUGAAACUACACUAGCAUCUACUACUACUGAAACUACACCAUCAUCUACUACUACUGAAACUACACCAGCAUCUACUACUACUGAAACUACACUAGCAUUUACUACUACUGAAACUACACCAGCAUCUACUACUACUGAAACUACACCAUCAUCUACUACUACUGAAACUACACCGUCAUCUACUACUACUGAAACUACACCGGCAUCUACUACUAAAGAAACUACACUAGCAUCUACUACUACUGAAACUACACCAGCAUCUACUACUACUGAAACUACACCAGCAUCUACUACUACUGAAACUACAUCAUCAUCUACUACUACUGAAACUACACCGUCAUCUACGACUACUAAAACUACACCAUCAUCUACUACUACUGAUACUACACCGUCAUCUACGACUACUGAAACUACACCAGCAUCUACGACUACUGAAACUACACCAGCAUCUAAUACUACUGAAACUACACCAGCAUCUACUACUACUGAAACUACACCAUCAUCUACUACUACUGAUACUACACCAGUAUCUACUACUACUGAAACUACACCAGCAUCUACUACUACUGAAACUACACCAUCAUCUACUACUACUGAAACUACACCAGCAUCUACAACUACUGAAACUACACCAGCGUCUCCUACUACUGAAACUACACCAUCAUCUACUACUACUGAAACUACACCAUCAUCUACUACUACUAAAACUACACCAGCAUCUACUACUACUGAAACUACACCAGCGUCUCCUACUACUGAAACUACACCAGCAUCUACUACUACUAAAACUACACCAUCAUCUACUACUACUGAAACUACACCAUCAUAUACUACUACUGAAACUACACUAGCAUCUACUACUACUGAAACUACACCAUCAUCUACUACUACUGAAACUACACCAGCAUCUACUACUACUGAAACUACACUAGCAUCUACUACUACUGAAACUACACCAGCAUCUACUACUACUGAAACUACACCAGCAUCUACGACUACUGAAACUACACCAGCAUCUAAUACUACUGAAACUACACCAGCAUCUACUACUACUGAAACUACAACAUCAUCUACUACUACUGAAACUACACCAGCAUCUACUACUACUGAAACUACACCAGCAUCUACUACUACUGAAACUACAUCAGCGUCUACUACUACUGAAACUACACCAUCAUCUACUACUACUGAAACUACACCAGCAUCUACUACUACUAAAACUACACUAGCAUCUACUACUACUGAAACUACAUCAUCAUCUACUACUACUGAAACUACACAAGCAUCUUCUACUACUGAAACUACACUAGCAUCUACUACUACUGAAACUACACCAUCAUCUACUACUACUGAAACUACACUAGCAUCUACUACUACUAAAACUACACUAGCAUCUACUACUACUGAAACUACACCAGCAUCUACUACUACUGAAACUACACCAUCAUAUACUACUACUGAAACUACACCAUCAUCUACUACUACUGAAACUACACCAGCAUCUACUACUACUGAAACUACACCAGCAUCUACUACUACUGAAACUACACCAUCAUCUACUACUACUACUGAAACUACACCAGCAUCUACGACUACUGAAACUACACCAGCAUCUAAUACUACUGAAACUACACCAGCAUCUACUACUACUGAAACUACACCAUCAUCUACUACUACUGAAACUACACCAUCAUCUACUACUACUGAAACUACACCAUCAUCUACUACUACUGAAACUACACCAUCAUCUACUACUACUGAAACUACACCAGCAUCUACUACUUCUGAAACUACACCAGCGUCUCCUACUACUGAAACUACACCAGCAUCUACUACUACUAAAACUACACCAUCAUCUACUACUACUGAAACUACACCAUCAUAUACUACUACUGAAACUACACUAGCAUCUACUACUACUGAAACUACACCAUCAUCUACUACUACUGAAACUACACCAGCAUCUACUACUACUGAAACUACACUAGCAUCUACUACUACUGAAACUACACCAGCAUCUACUACUACUGAAACUACACCAUCAUCUACUACUACUGAAACUAAACCGUCAUCUACUACUACUGAAACUACACAGGCAUCUACUACUAAAGAAACUACACCAGCAUCUACUACUACUGAAACUACAUCAUCAUCUACUACUACUGAAACUACACCGUCAUCUACGACUACUGAAACUACACCAUCAUCUACUACUACUGAUACUACACCGUCAUCUACGACUACUGAAACUACACCAUCAUCUACUACUACUGAUACUACACCGUCAUCUACGACUACUGAAACUACACCAGCAUCUACGACUACUGAAACUACACCAGCAUCUAAUACUACUGAAACUACACCAGCAUCUACUACUACUGAAACUACACCAUCAUCUACUACUACUGAUACUACACCAGUAUCUACUACUACUGAAACUACACCAGCAUCUACUACUACUGAAACUACACCAUCAUCUACUACUACUGAAACUACACCAGCAUCUACAACUACUGAAACUACACCAGCGUCUACUACUACUGAAACUACACCAGCAUCUACUACUACUGAAACUACACCAUCAUCUACUACUACUGAAACUACACCAUCAUAUACUACUACUGAAACUACACUAGCAUCUACUACUACUGAAACUACACCAUCACCUACUACUACUGAAACUACACUAGCAUCUACUACUACUGAAACUACACUAGCAUCUACUACUACUGAAACUACACCAGCAUCUACUACUACUGAAACUACACCAGCAUCUACUACUACUGAAACUACAUCAUCAUCUACUACUACUGAAACUACACCGUCAUCUACGACUACUGAAACUACACCAUCAUCUACUACUACUGAUACUACACCGUCAUCUACGACUACUGAAACUACACCAGCAUCUACGACUACUGAAACUACACCAGCAUCUAAUACUACUGAAACUACACCAGCAUCUACUACUACUGAAACUACAACAUCAUCUACUACUACUGAAACUACACCAGCAUCUACUACUACUGAAACUACACCAGCACCUACUACUACUGAAACUACAUCAGCGUCUACUACUACUGAAACUACACCAGCAUCUACUACUACUGAUACUACACCAUCAUCUACUACUACUGAAACUACACCAGCAUCUACUACUACUGAAACUACACCAGCGUCUCCUACUACUGAAACUACACCAACAUCUACGACUACUGAAACUACACCAGCAUCUAAAACUACUGAAACUACACUAGCAUCUACUACUACUGAAACUACACCAGCAUCUACUACUACUGAAACUACACCAUCAUCUACUACUACUGAAACUACACCAUCAUCUGCUACUACUGAAACUACACUAUCAUCUACUACUACUGAAACUACACCAUCAUCCACUACUACUGAAAGUACACCGUCAUCUUCUACUACUGAAACAACACUAGCAUCUACUACUACUGAAACUACACCAUCAUCUACUACUACUGAAACUACACUAGCAUCUACUACUACUAAAACUACACUAGCAUCUACUACUACUGAAACUACACCAGCAUCUACUACUACUGAAACUACACCAUCAUCUACUACUACUGAAACUACACCAGCAUCUACUACUACUGAAACUACACCAUCAUCUACUACUACUACUGAAACUACACCGUCAUCUACUACUACUGAAACUACACCAUCAUCUACUACUACUGAAACUACACUAGCAUCUACUACUACUAAAACUACACUAGCAUCUACUACUACUGAAACUACACCAGCAUCUACUACUACUGAAACUACACCAUCAUCUACUACUACUGAAACUACACCAUCAUCUACUACUACUGAAACUACACCAGCAUCUACUACUACUGAAACUACACCAGCAUCUACAACUACUGAAACUACACCAGCGUCUCCUACUACUGAAACUACACCAGCAUCUACUACUACUGAAACUACACCAUCAUCUACUACUACUGAAACUACACCAUCAUAUACUACUACUGAAACUACACUAGCAUCUACUACUACUGAAACUACACCAUCAUCUACUACUACUGAAACUACACCAUCAUCUACAACUACUGAAACUACACUAGCAUCUACUACUACUGAAACUACACCAGCAUCUACUACUACUGAAACUACACCAUCAUCUACUACUACUGAAACUACACCGUCAUCUACUACUACUGAAACUACACCGGCAUCUACUAAUAAAGAAACUACACUAGCAUCUACUACUACUGAAACUACACCAGCAUCUACUACUACUGAAACUACACCAGCAUCUACUACUACUGAAACUACAUCAUCAUCUACUACUACUGAAACUACACCGUCAUCUACGACUACUGAAACUACACCAUCAUCUACUACUACUGAUACUACACCGUCAUCUACGACUACUGAAACUACACCAGCAUCUACGACUACUGAAACUACACCAGCAUCUAAUACUACUGAAACUACACCAGCAUCUACUACUACUGAAACUACAACAUCAUCUACUACUACUGAAACUACACCAGCAUCUACUACUACUGAAACUACACCAGCGUCUCCUACUACUGAAACUACACCAGCAUCUACGACUACUGAAACUACACCAGCAUCUAAAACUACUGAAACUACACCAUCAUCUACUACUACUGAAACUACACCAUCAUCUACUACUACUCAAACUACACCAGCAUCUACUACUACUGAAACUACAUCAGCAUCUACUACUACUGAAACUACAUCAGCGUCUCCUACUACUGAAACUACACCAGCAUCUACUACUACUGAAACUACACCAUCAUCUACGACUACUGAAACUACACCAGCAUCUACUACUACUGAAACUACACCAUCAUCUACUACUACUGAAACUACACCAUCAUCUACUACUACUGAAACUACACCAUCAUCAACUACUACUGAAACUACACCAACAUCUACUACUACUGAAACUACACCAGCAUCUACUACUACUGAAACUACACCAGCAUCUACUACUACUGAAACUACACCAUCAUCUACUACUACUGAAACUACACCAUCAUCUACUACUACUGAAACUACACCAGCAUCUACAACUACUGAAACUACACCAGCGUCUCCUACUACUGAAACUACACCAGCAUCUACUACUACUGAAACUACACCAUCAUCUACUACUACUGAAACUACACCAUCAUAUACUACUACUGAAACUACACUAGCAUCUACUACUACUGAAACUACACCAUCACCUACUACUACUGAAACUACACUAGCAUCUACUACUACUGAAACUACACUAGCAUCUACUACUACUGAAACUACACCAGCAUCUACUACUACUGAAACUACACCAGCAUCUACUACUACUGAAACUACAUCAUCAUCUACUACUACUGAAACUACACCGUCAUCUACGACUACUGAAACUACACCAUCAUCUACUACUACUGAUACUACACCGUCAUCUACGACUACUGAAACUACACCAGCAUCUACGACUACUGAAACUACACCAGCAUCUAAUACUACUGAAACUACACCAGCAUCUACUACUACUGAAACUACAACAUCAUCUACUACUACUGAAACUACACCAGCAUCUACUACUACUGAAACUACACCAGCACCUACUACUACUGAAACUACAUCAGCGUCUACUACUACUGAAACUACACCAGCAUCUACUACUACUGAUACUACACCAUCAUCUACUACUACUGAAACUACACCAGCAUCUACUACUACUGAAACUACACCAGCGUCUCCUACUACUGAAUUUACACCAACAUCUACGACUACUGAAACUACACCAGCAUCUAAAACUACUGAAACUACACUAGCAUCUACUACUACUGAAACUACACCAGCAUCUACUACUACUGAAACUACACCAUCAUCUACUACUACUGAAACUACACCAUCAUCUGCUACUACUGAAACUACACUAUCAUCUACUACUACUGAAACUACACCAUCAUCCACUACUACUGAAAGUACACCGUCAUCUUCUACUACUGAAACUACACUAGCAUCUACUACUACUGAAACUACACCAUCAUCUACUACUACUGAAACUACACUAGCAUCUACUACUACUAAAACUACACUAGCAUCUACUACUACUGAAACUACACCAGCAUCUACUACUACUGAAACUACACCAUCAUCUACUACUACUGAAACUACACCAUCAUCUACUACUACUGAAACUACACCAUCAUCUACUACUACUACUGAAACUACACCGUCAUCUACUACUACUGAAACUACACCAUCAUCUACUACUACUGAAACUACACUAGCAUCUACUACUACUAAAACUACACUAGCAUCUACUACUACUGAAACUACACCAGCAUCUACUACUACUGAAUCUACACCAUCAUCUACUACUACUGAAACUACACCAUCAUCUACUACUACUGAAACUACACCAGCAUCUACUACUACUGAAACUACACCAGCAUCUACAACUACUGAAACUACACCAGCGUCUCCUACUACUGAAACUACACCAGCAUCUACUACUACUGAAACUACACCAUCAUCUACUACUACUGAAACUACACCAUCAUCUACUACUACUGAAACUACACCAUCAUCUACUACUACUGAAACUACACCAGCAUCUACAACUACUGAAACUACACCAGCGUCUCCUACUACUGAAACUACACCAGCAUCUACUACUACUGAAACUACACCAUCAUCUACUACUACUGAAACUACACCAUCAUAUACUACUACUGAAACUACACUAGCAUCUACUACUACUGAAACUACACCAUCACCUACUACUACUGAAACUACACUAGCAUCUACUACUACUGAAACUACACUAGCAUCUACUACUACUGAAACUACACCAGCAUCUACUACUACUGAAACUACACCAGCAUCUACUACUACUGAAACUACAUCAUCAUCUACUACUACUGAAACUACACCGUCAUCUACGACUACUGAAACUACACCAUCAUCUACUACUACUGAUACUACACCGUCAUCUACGACUACUGAAACUACACCAGCAUCUACGACUACUGAAACUACACCAGCAUCUAAUACUACUGAAACUACACCAGCAUCUACUACUACUGAAACUACAACAUCAUCUACUACUACUGAAACUACACCAGCAUCUACUACUACUGAAACUACACCAGCACCUACUACUACUGAAACUACAUCAGCGUCUACUACUACUGAAACUACACCAGCAUCUACUACUACUGAUACUACACCAUCAUCUACUACUACUGAAACUACACCAGCAUCUACUACUACUGAAACUACACCAGCGUCUCCUACUACUGAAUUUACACCAACAUCUACGACUACUGAAACUACACCAGCAUCUAAAACUACUGAAACUACACUAGCAUCUACUACUACUGAAACUACACCAGCAUCUACUACUACUGAAACUACACCAUCAUCUACUACUACUGAAACUACACCAUCAUCUGCUACUACUGAAACUACACUAUCAUCUACUACUACUGAAACUACACCAUCAUCCACUACUACUGAAAGUACACCGUCAUCUUCUACUACUGAAACUACACUAGCAUCUACUACUACUGAAACUACACCAUCAUCUACUACUACUGAAACUACACUAGCAUCUACUACUACUAAAACUACACUAGCAUCUACUACUACUGAAACUACACCAGCAUCUACUACUACUGAAACUACACCAUCAUCUACUACUACUGAAACUACACCAUCAUCUACUACUACUGAAACUACACCAUCAUCUACUACUACUACUGAAACUACACCGUCAUCUACUACUACUGAAACUACACCAUCAUCUACUACUACUGAAACUACACUAGCAUCUACUACUACUAAAACUACACUAGCAUCUACUACUACUGAAACUACACCAGCAUCUACUACUACUGAAUCUACACCAUCAUCUACUACUACUGAAACUACACCAUCAUCUACUACUACUGAAACUACACCAGCAUCUACUACUACUGAAACUACACCAGCAUCUACAACUACUGAAACUACACCAGCGUCUCCUACUACUGAAACUACACCAGCAUCUACUACUACUGAAACUACACCAUCAUCUACUACUACUGAAACUACACCAUCAUAUACUACUACUGAAACUACACUAGCAUCUACUACUACUGAAACUACACCAUCAUCUACUACUACUGAAACUACACCAUCAUCUACAACUACUGAAACUACACUAGCAUCUACUACUACUGAAACUACACCAGCAUCUACUACUACUGAAACUACACCAUCAUCUACUACUACUGAAACUACACCGUCAUCUACUACUACUGAAACUACACCGGCAUCUACUAAUAAAGAAACUACACUAGCAUCUACUACUACUGAAACUACACCAGCAUCUACUACUACUGAAACUACACCAGCAUCUACUACUACUGAAACUACAUCAUCAUCUACUACUACUGAAACUACACCGUCAUCUACGACUACUGAAACUACACCAUCAUCUACUACUACUGAUACUACACCGUCAUCUACGACUACUGAAACUACACCAGCAUCUACGACUACUGAAACUACACCAGCAUCUAAUACUACUGAAACUACACCAGCAUCUACUACUACUGAAACUACAACAUCAUCUACUACUACUGAAACUACACCAGCAUCUACUACUACUGAAACUACACCAGCGUCUCCUACUACUGAAACUACACCAGCAUCUACGACUACUGAAACUACACCAGCAUCUAAAACUACUGAAACUACACCAUCAUCUACUACUACUGAAACUACACCAUCAUCUACUACUACUCAAACUACACCAGCAUCUACUACUACUGAAACUACAUCAGCAUCUACUACUACUGAAACUACAUCAGCGUCUCCUACUACUGAAACUACACCAGCAUCUACUACUACUGAAACUACACCAUCAUCUACGACUACUGAAACUACACCAGCAUCUACUACUACUGAAACUACACCAUCAUCUACUACUACUGAAACUACACCAUCAUCUACUACUACUGAAACUACACCAUCAUCAACUACUACUGAAACUACACCAACAUCUACUACUACUGAAACUACACCAGCAUCUACUACUACUGAAACUACACCAGCAUCUACUACUACUGAAACUACACCAUCAUCUACUACUACUGAAACUACACCAUCAUCUACUACUACUGAAACUACACUAUCAUCUACUACUACUGAAACUACACCAGCAUCUACUACUACUGAAACUACACUAGCAUCUACUACUACUGAAACUACACCAGCAUUUACUACUACUGAAACUACACCGGCAUCUACGACUACUGAAACUACAUCAUCAUCUUCUAAUAGUGAAACAACAUCGGCAUAUACUACUACUAAAACUACAUUAGCAUCUACAACUACACCGAAAACUACUAUCUCAACAACUACUUCAAAAACUACUAGUUCUACAAGUACACCAACAACUACUAGUUCUACAACUGCACUAACAACUACUAGUUCUACAACUACACCAACAACUACUAUUUCUACAACUACACCAACUACUACUAGUUCUACAACUACACUAACAACUACUACCUCAACAUCUCCACCAGCAUCUACUGGUUCUACAACCUCACUGACAUCUACAAGCUCUACUAAAGCCACACCAACAACUACUACUACUGAAACGAGACUAGCAUCUACUACUAAUGAUACUACACCAGCAUCUAAUAAUUCUGAUCGCACAAAAAUCUCUACUAGUUUUGAAACUAAAACACCUACUGCUUCUUUUUCUACACCAGCAUCUCUAGCUACACGAACUUUUUUUACAAAUACACAACAUAUUUUUCCCACUACGAAUACGAAGAAAGAUUUUACUUGGAGUGAAAGGAAUUACGCACUGAGUACAGUGGAAACAAAUUUUACACUAAAGUUCAACGAAACUUUUCAUGAAAACUUAAGGCGAAAGGAUUCAGAAGAGUUUAAAGUAGCAGCCAGUAAAUAUAAAGCUAUGCUAGAAUUACCAUUCCAGAAUUUGCCGAAUUUUAAAGGAAUUGAAAUUCUCAAGUUUACACCAGGAAGUAUCAACGUGGACAGCAAUGUCCAACUGCAUGUCUAUGACAUCACAAACGCUAUUAACAGUUCUCAAAUUGAGGCCGGUUUGCAUAAAGUAAAAGAAGAGAUGCUAACUCUUCCUUUGAUAGACAGGGACUUCCUGAACACUGGGUUUGAGAACCAAAUAAAGACAGCGGUGGAACACUUUCAGCAGGCUGUUGACAACCCAUGUCUGGCCAAAGACUCCUGCGACUCUGGUUUCUACUGUGACGCAGAAGAUUUUAAGUGCUAUAAACUCUGUUACACAUUGCUGUGUCUGGAGAAUUCUUACUGCCGCUUUGAUCAACACGGGAACGCCGAAUGCAGGUGUAAAUCCGACAAAGACUGCUCAGGCUUAAGCGAUUCCGAGAAACAGAUCAUUGGUAUAUCAGUUGGAGUGGGCUGUGGGGCUUUGCUCCUUGCAAGUUUAAUUAUCGUAAUCAUUAUGAAAUUGAAAAGACCAAGCAACAGGGUAUCCCCGUCACGAGACAUUGAUAGUGAGGCUCCAAGUGAACAGGAAGUAGAACUCACAUCAGAGCUACCAAAGUUUACGAUACCACGUCCCAGGCUUGCUUAGAGGAAGUGAGAUUGAAAAAAAUGAGGUCAACGAUCCCAUAAUUCAACGACAAACAAUCUCAGCAGCAAAAUGAAACAUGGCGUCAACAAUAGAUCUGAAGUGAACUCAAGUAACAUAAUUAUAACAUAAAGACAAUUCUUUAUUGAAGCUGGUGUCUUAUUCUAAGAGCGAUUACUUUCCUCUUAAUAAGGACUCAGAUAAAGGAAAACGUAUUCUCCUAUCCCCCCCCCCCCUCAAUCACGCAAAAAUUCCUGGUUACGCCCUUGUAUCAAUCUACUCAGAUUCUAGUUUCGUUACUAAAAACAUAAAAAAAGACGGUCUUGACCUAUAUGAGACGGUGCGCAAAGUAGCUAAGGGGGACGGGGGGCACUAUUCCAGACCUGCCCCAUCACAAGUAAAUUCCUCAAUGGACACUGUUACUUUUUUUACCUUUACCUAUCCCUUAGUCUGUUGGACCGUUGGGGCACCAAGCAAGACUUGUCGACCGUCUUUCUCCAUUCCUCCCUGUCUUUUGCCUUGUUUAAAACCUCUAUCAAUGGCAGGACAGUCCAUUUUUUUAUGUUGUCCUCCCAUCGCUUUCUCUGUCAGCCUCUUCUUCUUUUUCCUGGUACUGUUCCCUGAAGGAAGGUCUUUGCGAGCCCAGUGGAUCUUGUAAUAUGGACACUGUUAUGGGGAACUAAAAUGAAUUGUUUCCCUUUAACGAGGCUCGAGCUUGGAGGUGCCAGGGAAUUAGUUCAUUUCUGUAAGACUUUCAUUAAAACAAAAAAAGCCUACGUUUGUUCCAUUGAUCUACAGUGAACUAGAUGUACAAAUCAACACUUGACGAGAGCUACAUUGGUUGUUUUUUUUUACAAUGUUCACCCACCUUAGGGUCCCAGGUUUAAAUCCGGAAAUAAAAUGGGCUCCACUACUCGAGAUAACAAUCUGAGAUUAAUUCAUUUCAGUUCCAGUUAUCUCCCAUACAAAAAAGUAAUGUCAUCAACAUUUGAACAAUUGCGGUCAGUUUGUGUUAAUAAAACUUGAUUCUUAAUGUACAGAAGAUUUUUGAAUUGUUUGUGGUAAAGUAUAUUAUAAUAAGAUGCAGAUCAUGUAGUUAUUGUUUUUCAUAUGCUCAUCAAAUAUACUAUUUCUCAUUUUUAUCAUACACAAUCAUCAUCAUCUUCCUUGUUUUAAUUUUUUUUAAACAGUGUAAACUCUAUAUAAGUUAUAGCAUUGUACAAUGCAAUGAAAGUUGUUGUAUAUCUAUAUACCGGUACGCUUUUGAUUUGAUCAAUGUUUUAGCUACAUUGUAUUAAUCAUGAUCUGAACAAAGAGUGUAGUUCGUAUCUUAUCUUUUCCACAAUACAGACGUUACUUCAAAAAGAAGAUGAUUACAUCCUGCGCAUGUUAACCAAUGAGUUUAAUUAAUAAAUGGGUAAAAGGGGCUGGGGGGGACUUACUAUCUUUAGUAUGAAGUAGUAUAUACACAAAAUAAUAAAUGAUUUAAACCAAAUGAAA